GUCCGGAGGAAGCGCUGCUCGUCUGAGAGCAGCUGCGGGUCCAGGGGAAAGUCAUCGGAAAAGUGGGAGGGGAGGAGGGAGGGAGCGGGAUGACGAGUCCCCGGCUGCGGCCCGCCGGGCUCGGACGGUUCGUCCUGCUGUGGCUGCUGCUGCUGCCGCCGGCGCCGGGGCCCGGGGUCCAGGCCAGGAGGGCCGGGCCCGCGCCGCGCUGCCCCGCCGCCUGCGAGCCGGCGCGCUGCCCCCCGCUGCCGCCCUGCUCGGCGGGGGCGGCGCCGGUGCCCGACCGCUGCGGGUGCUGCCGCGUCUGCGCCGCGGCCGAGGGCGAGGCCUGCGGCGGGGCGCUCGGCCGGCCGUGCGCCCCGGGGCUGCAGUGCCGCGCGCCGCUCGCGCCCGGGCUCCUGGGUGGCGGCCGGCUCGGCACCUGCGGCUGCCCGGAGGCGGGGGCGGCCGCGCGCGGCGGCGACCGGCGCACCUACCCCAGCCUGUGCGCGCUCGGCGCCGAGAACCGCGCGCUCCCGGCCGCGCCGGAGCGGAAGGGGGACUGUGGGGACCCAGGGACCAGAAGUGCAGGCUGCCUCAGGAGCAAGUACAACUUCAUCGCCGCGGUGGUGGAGAAGGUGGCCCCGUCUGUGGUUCACUUACAGCUGUUCCGCAGGUCACCUCUCAGCGGUGAAGCUAUUCCUGCAUCCAGUGGCUCUGGAUUCAUAGUGUCAGAGGAUGGGCUCAUUGUUACCAAUGCCCACGUCCUCAGGAACCAGCAACGGAUCCAGGCGGAGCUCCAGAGUGGGGACCGGUAUGAAGCCACUGUCAAGGACGUUGACCAUAAAUUGGAUCUUGCCCUGAUUAAGAUUGAGCCAAAUACUGAACUUCCUGUAUUGCUGCUGGGAAAGUCAUCUGACCUGCGAGCUGGCGAGUUCGUGGUGGCCCUGGGUAGCCCGUUUUCACUGCAGAACACAGUGACGGCAGGGAUUGUCAGCACUACACAGCGAGGGGGCAAAGAGCUAGGGCUGAAGGAUUCAGACGUGGACUAUAUCCAGACGGACGCCAUAAUUAAUCAUGGGAAUUCUGGGGGGCCUCUGGUGAACUUGGAUGGUGAUGUGAUUGGCAUAAACACACUGAAGGUGACCGCAGGAAUCUCCUUUGCAAUUCCCUCCGAUCGCAUUCGACAGUUCUUGGCAGGAUUCCAUGAGCGCCAGUUGAAAGGGAAGGCUCUUUCACAGAAGAAAUAUCUGGGUCUGCACAUGCUGCCCCUCACUCUGAACCUGCUUCAAGAAAUGAAAAGGCAAGAUCCAGAUUUCCCUGAUGUGACCUCUGGGGUUUUUAUAUAUGAGGUGAUUCAAGGAACAGCUGCUGAAAGCUCUGGGUUGAGAGACCAUGAUGUAAUUGUCAGCAUAAAUGGACAACCUGUCACCACGACAACCGAUGUGAUUGAAGCUGUUAAGGCCAGUGAUUUGCUUUCCAUCCUGGUUCGUCGGAAGAGUCAAACUUUGAUCCUGACAGUCAGACCUGAAAUAAUCACUUGAGUGUCUUG